AUGGAGCGGACGUCUCAAGCCAACAUAUGGAGACACACUCCAGCCAUCGCAUACAAGGAUGCCGCAAAAAAGGAGGUCAAGCCCUUCCGACUGCUCGACCUGCCACCAGAGCUCUGGUCCAAGAUCGGCAAGAUGGUCAUUAGCGACAUCCCCGAGUACCCCAUGUGUCUAUUGUGGGCUUGCCGCUCUUUAGACUACGCAGCUCCGAUCCUCAGGACCUGCCGAGUAUUACGAGAGGAACUCCUGCCAUCCUUCUACGAAGCCGGACUCAAAAUCAGCUGCUGUACCGGAAUCGACUUGGAUGGUCUCAAGGGACUACUUGGGCACAUGGACGAGAACGCUCGGCGUUCGAUGCGUGGCGUGCGGUACACGAGCUAUGAUCAUUCCAUGUCUGAGGAGAGACUGUUGUGGUUGCGGAGUCGUUUGGGCAACAUCGAAUUCAAUCUGACAGACCCAUACUUCGAGGAGUGGAAGAUGACCCCUGGAUUGAUGUCGAGCGUCUGGGCUGACGAGGAAAUGCGUGGCCGCGUUAUGAGAGUGCGGACAUGGACCUUCAAAUUUCUCUAA